ACUCGAGGUUCGAAAAUCGCCGGUGCCGGUCCGUCUAGCUGCGUCAAAGUCAAUCUAAAGCCUCUAUUUACCAUUUUUCCUUUUUCAUCAAUUUUACCUUUUUUUAUUGUGAAAAUGUCGAGUUUUGGUUUCUACAUGGCUAUCGCCUCUUUCAACAUUUUUCUCGCACGAGAUGUACUGGCCUGUCUGGGAAAAACAAUGCUGCGAGCUGGAGGAUUAACGUGCCAAGACAAGCAGACCAUUCUGGACGAGCACAAUCGGCUACGACAGUUGGUGGCAUUGGGACAAAUUCAUGGUCAGCCUGGGGCAGCCAACAUGAUGGAGAUGGUUUGGGACGACGAGCUGGCAACAACUGCACAGAAAUGGUCUGAUAGUUGUGCCACUUCCCACGAUACUUCGAGGGAUGUUCGCAGAUUUGCAGUUGGACAAAACAUUGCAAGAACGUGGACAAGUAGACCUCCAGGACCUUAUGACUCUGAACCGAAUUGGAGGCGGCGAAUUACUAGCUGGUUUAACGAGGUGCAACAUUAUCAGACUGGUUUCAGUCGUUCGACGGGUCAUUACACACAGCUUGUCUGGAGUGACACUUUCCUUAUUGGUUGUGGGUAUUCUUUUUACUACGACCCGGCUCGAGGUUACACCAAAAAUUAUGUCUGCAAUUAUGGGCCAAGUGGAAACGUUCUAGGGUAUCAACCUUAUCAAUCUGGACAACCUGCUUGUUAUAACUACGGAAUGUCUUAUUCCAACAGAUAUUCCGGCCUCUGCUCUCAUGGGUCUUACUAUCAUCUGGGAUCUUACUGUUCUUAUGGUUAAAAAAACACUUCUCCUGAUAAAUCGACC